AUGUCAGGUAGAAUAGAUCCUUCCACCAAUCGCGAUACAGCAUCAACAGAUACGGUGGGCGGUCCAACUGCUGGAGACAAGUAUGAUGAUUCAAGACAUUUAAAUUAUGGUCAAUCAAAAAGUUCAAAAUCCGAAGAUUUAGGAUCUCCUUGCCCUGUGCCAAUUCGUCGCCAUUCUAUAUCAUCGGAUUCAAAACCUGUGUCGAUGCACACAUUUCAGGAACAGAUUACCGGUGGAAUGACAGUAAAUAUUAUGUAUUUUAACGUAUAA